AUGAUUUAUAUUGAAGAGUUGGAGAAAGAAGAAGAUAAAGAUAUGGUUAUGUUGCAUUUAGUCAGAAGAAACAACAAGAGCUUUUAUGACUUAGCUAAAAUAUAUAAAUCUGACAGAAACUGGUUCUAUCGUGAAAACUUACCGAUUUCAAUGACACCGAAUGAGCAAAUAAAGGAAAUUGUCAAAAAUACUCUUCCUCAAACACACUAUGACAUCAAAGGUUGCACAAUACUUACAUUCAAAGAAGACUUAACAUUACUGAAGGAAAAAAUAACAGAAUAUUUCGAUAACUUCAAAGAGGAAGAAUGA